CAUCAUCAUCAACAUAUAAUUAUUUGUUUAGAAUUAAUUAAUUAUAUAAUUAAUUAUCAAAAAUGCAGUGCAUGGCUUUUCACCAAUUUGCUCCAUCAUCAUCCCUCCCUAUUUGGAGUAGUAUUAAUAAUCGUUUUACACCAAAAACUUCUAUUACUUCUAUUUCAAAACCAAAACCAAAACUAAAACCAAAAUCAAACUUGAAAUCGAGAUCGAGAUCAAGUACUUGCUACCCCAUACAAUGUACUGUGGUCGAUAACCCUAGUUCUACGAUUACUAAUAAUAGUGAUCGAAGAUCAGCCAACUAUGGACCUCCGAUUUGGUCUUUUGAUUUUAUUCAAUCUCUUCCAAUCCAAUAUAAGGGAGAAUCCUAUACAAGGCAAUUAAAUAAGUUGAAGAAAGAAGUGACAAGAAUGGUCCUUGGACUGGAAAUUAACUCUUUAGCCCUACUUGAGCUAAUUGAUACAUUGCAAAGGCUUGGAAUAUCUUACCAUUUUAAGAAUGAAAUAAACACUAUUUUGAAGAAAAAAUACACUGAUAAUUAUAUUAACAAUAAUAUUAUUAUUACUAACCCUAAUUAUAAUAAUUUAUAUGCCAUUGCUCUCGAAUUUAGGCUUCUACGCCAACAUGGCUAUACAGUACCUCAAGAAAUUUUUAAUGCUUUCAAGGAUAAGAGAGGGAAAUUUAAAACAUGCUUGAGUGAUGAUAUUAUGGGAGUAUUGUGUUUAUAUGAAGCUUCAUUCUAUGCUAUGAAACAUGAAAAUAUUUUGGAGGAAGCAAGAAUUUUUUCAACUAAAUGUCUUAAAAAAUACAUGGAGAAAAUGGAGAAUGAGGAAGAGAAAAAAAUAUUAUUAUUAGAUGAUAAUAAUAUUAAUAGUAAUUUGCUAUUAAUUAAUCACGCUUUCGAGCUUCCGCUUCAUUGGAGAAUAACAAGAUCGAAAGCUAGGUGGUUCAUUGACGAAAUAUAUGAGAAAAAACAAGACAUGAAUUCGACUUUGUUCGAGUUUGCGAAAUUAGAUUUUAAUAUAGUGCAAUCAACACACCAAGAAGAUUUACAACAUUUAUCGAGGUGGUGGAGGGAUUGUAAACUUGGUGGGAAAUUGAAUUUUGCUAGAGAUAGAUUGAUGGAAGCUUUCUUAUGGGAUGUUGGACUAAAAUUCGAGGGAGAAUUCAGCUAUUUUAGAAGAAUAAAUGCAAGAUUAUUUGUGCUUAUAACAAUAAUUGAUGAUAUUUAUGAUGUAUAUGGAACUUUGGAGGAAUUAGAGCUUUUCACUAGUUUUGUUGAAAGAUGGGAUGUGAAAUUAAUCAAUGAGUUACCAGAUUACAUGAAGAUGCCUUUCUUUGUUUUACACAAUACCAUAAAUGAGAUGGGGUUUGAUGUAUUAGUACAACAAAACUUUGUCAACAUUGAAUACCUUAAGAAAUCGUGGGUAGAUUUAUGUAAAUGUUAUUUACAAGAAGCAAAAUGGUAUUAUAGUGGAUACCAACCAACAUUGGAAGAAUACACUGAGUUGGGUUGGCUUUCAAUAGGAGCAUCAGUAAUUCUUAUGCAUGCUUAUUUUUGUUUCACAAAUCCUAUAACAAAACAAGACUUGAAAAGUUUGCAAUUGCAACAUCAUUAUCCCAACAUAAUUAAACAAGCAUGCUUGAUUACAAGGCUUGCAGAUGAUUUAGGAACAUCUUCGGAUGAAUUGAAUAGAGGCGACGUUCCUAAAUCGAUUCAAUGUUACAUGUACGAUAAUAAUGCUACAGAAGACGAAGCUCGUGAACACAUCAAGUUCUUGAUAAGUGAAACAUGGAAGGAUAUGAAUAAGAAAGAUGAAGAUGAGAGUUGUUUAUCAGAAAAUUUUGUUGAAGUUUGCAAAAAUAUGGCUAGAACAGCACUAUUCAUAUAUGAGAAUGGAGAUGGACAUGGUUCUCAGAAUAGUUUAUCAAAAGAACGUAUUUCAACCUUGAUUAUUACUCCAAUUAAUAUUCCUAAAUAAUAUUUAAGAUAAGAAUAUAUCAUAAUAUUUAUGAGAUAAUAAGAUAACAUGAUAUAAUAUGUCAUAAAUAACUUUCUUAUUGUCAUGUCACUAGGUUUCGUUGUGUACAUGUUCAAUGUAAUAUUUUUUUUUUAUUGUAAAACAUGAAAUUGUUAUAUUAUU